UUGAUAUUUUUAUUGUGAUUAACUAUUUUAUUAUUUACGUUUUUCUAGCUAUAAAAGAGAACCAAAAACUGAACGACUUACAUCAAACAUUUGACUUUGAGGACUAACCAUCUAAAAAGUUAGAUCGAAAAUGAAGGGCUACGGUUACAUUUUCCUAUUCAUAGUGUUGCUGUUUAACAUUGUGAAUGGUUUUUAUAUUCAACCAACUCCAUGGUGGUCAAAUAAUCACCACCACUGGUCUGAAUUGGGAAAUUUGCCUGGACUGGGCGAAGACUUUUUUAGAGGAGGCAUCCCCGAUAGGUAUCGUAAAAUCUUGGAAGAUGCCGUAAAAUUUUUACGUUCUCCGAUUGAUGAUUUCCUUGGUGCAUCUGAAAUUGAUCGCCUAUCGGAAACCCAAAAACCAAGCCCUACAACUCCUACAGCUCCUACAACUCCUACAACUCCUUCAACUCCUUCAACUCCUUCAACUCCUUCAACUCCUUCAACUCCUCUUCCGAUAAAAUCCGUAGAGAGAUUCCCCUUAUAUAAUCCAUAUGUAUUACCUCGAUAUUAUAGACGCCCAGCAUAUAAUAAAUAUAUAUUACCUGGAUAUUAUAAAGGCCCCCACUAUAUAUUACCUCGAACUCAAUAUUGGUCACACCCCAAAUAUCAGUCAUAUGAAUUACCCCCAACUCAAUAUUUGUCAGGCCCCAAAUAUCAGUCAUAUAUAUUACCACCAACUCAAUAUGGAUCAGGCUCUAAAUAUCAGGCGUAUAUAUUACCCCCAACUCCACAUUGGUCAGACUUCAAAUAUCAGUCAGAUGUAUUACCCCCAACUCAAUAUGGGUCAGGCUCCAAAUACCAGCCAUAUAUAUUACCCGCAACUCAAUAUGGGUCAGACUCCAAAUAUCCAUACAUACUACCCCCAGCUCAAUAUGGGCCAGGCUCCAAAUAUCUAUACAUACUACCCCCAACUCAAUAUGGGCCAGGCUCCAAAUAUCCAUACAUACUACCCCCAACUCAAUAUGGGUCAGGUUCCAAAUAUCAACCAAAUAAAUUACCCCCAACUCAAUAUUCGCCACGCUCCAAAUUUCAGUCAUAUUUAUUACCCGUAGCUCAAGAUUGAUCAGGCCCCAAAUAUGAGCCAUAUACAGUAGGGAGCAUCGAAAAAAUAAAAGUGGGAAAUGUUAUAUCUAAUAGCGUGAAAAAGUUGCUAAUGUUAUUUUUCAGCAUAUUAGUAUUUUUAAUUUUUUUUCUAAGCGAAUUUUCUGUCCCCCCAACGACCUUGAAUUUUAUUAAAUAUCUGAUUUUUAUGAAAAUUUCAAUUUAUAUUAUUUGGAAAAAAAUAUGUGCUAACUCGAUCUAAGAUCAAUUCAAGAAAACUUAAAAUGUUAUCAAUUAUAAACUUAAACGAUAUUUAAAGUUUUAUUUGUUUUUUCAGUCUCCCCACCCCUUUUGAAAUGUCCCGCUUCGUGAGUCCGUGCGUGUAAUUUUCACUUAUGUAUAGUGCGAUGGCUUACUUUGUUAUUAUUGUUGUUUGUAAAUUAAAGAUUUUUAAAAUAGAUAAACCAAGAUCACGUGGAAUAAAAUCAAGAUGUGCUGUGGACCGCCCGAUUUUUGGGCAACCACCAAAUAUACCUGAAAAUGUUUUACCGAAAUACAAAUAAGCGAUGAAGUUUUGUGGUUUCAAGAGAAUAAAAAACUCGGCAAGAAAGAGCCAGAAUUUUCUGGUAUUGCCGAACAGGUUGCAAUUAGGAGGAAAUAUGGAAAAGGCUUUAAAAUUUAACAUACAAGAAUUAUUCAGCUUUUAAAACCCUCUCAUGACAAAUAUAUGAAACUUAUGAAACCAUUUAAGAACAGGCAAAAUAGUGAAUUUUACAAAAAUAAAAUUCAAUGCUUUAAGAACAAAAGUAAAACUACACGUUUCGAUCUUGCAGCAUGCAAAUGUGUCACUCUGAUUAAUUGUCUUUGUAGCAAAUCUCAAAAAGUGCCUCUGGAUGAGCUAUUAAAUCAACGAGGUCCCAUAAAAAUGAUGAUAAGCUCGAUUGAUAGGGAAAACAAAAACAAAUAUAAUCAGAGAUAACAACGGUAAAAGAAGAAAGUUACCGACGCGAAGACAAAACUUUAGCUCAAGUAAAAAACAGUACCUACCAAGUUUUAUGGUCAAUCGAUCGUGGAAGAGCACAUAACACUUGGGCAUGAGCCAGGGUGCAAAUAGUUCGGAUAUGGGUAUCCGCUGUCUGGUAUAUCAGAAAGUAUCAAAUCCAGCUAUUGCAUGUGACGAAACAGUCGUAAAUACUGGCGUUAAGGGUGAUGUAAUACGGCUGUUAGAAGAACAUCUUAAAAACCACUUCAGUGGUUUGUAUGCCUGUGACAUUCAAAUGAUCUACCCCUUGGACAUCAAAAGCAGUUUGCCAGUGACCAAAUCAAAAAACGUGAGGGUCUUCAAACUUUCUCCUAUAAAAAUUUUGAUUCAAACGACUACUUUGAGUUAAUUAACUAACAAGAUUAUCACCUUACAGAACCACCUAUGUUCUGUAGAUUUUCGAGUGACAAUCUGAGGGAUUUUAUUAAGAAUCCUAACUUAGACCCUUUUAACAUUGAGAUUGAGAAAUAUCACUGCCACAAACAAUGUGUAGAACGAUGUGUCAAGUUUGUGACACAAGCUUCUCUAGCAGUUUGUGGAGCGUAUUCGAGGGAUGGAUUUCUAAAAACUCGAAUUAUUGAUUACAGACAAACUAUGCCUCACUUUAAUGCUAAAUCGGAAGACAUCUUCGAAUAGAAUGCUUCUGCCAUAUUUUUUUAAUACAUAUUUAUAUACCUAAUUUUGUACUUUGCUUUAUAUUUAUUUUAGUAUUAUAAAACUUGGGUGACGUCAGGGAGACGGAUAAGUUAGGCUAUUUUGUUAUAAAAAGAAUGCUUUAGUAUACUUUUCUUAAGUAAAAUUUUUAAUUGUCUUGUGAAACCAGAAAAUAUUUUCCAAUUUAAACCGAAUUUAUUUAUUCAAGGUAUUACACUUCCCUUACAAAAGAAAUUCGCAUAUUAAUGUAUUUUUUCUAACUUUUAGUUGCCGUGGGGGGCAGAAAAUAUUUUUUUAUUUCAACGCAAUUUUACUAAAAUACUAAAUAGUGUGUUAGGCAACUUUUGUGAGCUAUUAGAUUUUCGUUUCGAAAAAAAUUUUUUUCGUCUGUUUACAUUUUUUCAAAAUUUUUAAUUGUCUGGGGGGGGGGGGGCAGAAGAUAUUUUCCAAUUUCGAAAACAUUUUACCAAAAUACUUAACAGUUGAUUGGGAAAUUUUUGUAAGGUAUUACUUUUCCAUCGCAAAAAAAAAUUUUUUUUCGCCUUUUUCGAUGCACCCUAAUAUACAGUCGGAAAAAUGAAAGAAUACCCAUGAACGAUCAUAUCAAUCAGAUGUAAUUAAGAUAAAUCAUAGUCUAUCUCUCUCGUUUGUUAUUUAUAGAAAGAAAAAACAGCAAAUACAAAGUAUGUGAUUGAUAUGAUCGUUCAUGGGUAUUAUUUCAUUUUUCCGACUGUAGAUUUGGUUAAAAACCUAUUACUAUCUAUCAUUAUUUUAUUCUCUCACUCAACACUGUUAAUGCAAUGAUAAAUAUAACAAAACAUAAACACAUUUUGAUGUUAGCACUGAUCCACUAGAUUAUAACAGGAUUUCUAAUAAAUUAUAUAACUAAG